AACACCCUCCUCUUCUUCUUCUUCUUUCUCUCUCUCUCUCUCUGUAUAUAUAUAUAUAUUUAGAACACUCACUCAGUAAUAAUACUCCUAAUAAUCUAUACUACUUGCUCUCCUAAUAGUGUACAAAAAGAAGAUAAGGAGGAUAGCUUAGCCUUUGAUGAUGGAUGGAAUGUACGGUCUAAACUCCGCGGCGGAGUACUCAGACAAGGCUUUGAUGUCCCCAGACAAUCUGAUCUUACCCUCGGAUUAUCAGACCUUGUUGUCUUCUUCUUCUUCUUCAGGUGCUUUUGCCUCUUUCCGCGAUCAUCAUCAUCAUCGGAUUCCAAUAUUCGGAUCCGAGGAGCUUCUCUCAGCGGCAGCUUCAGCUAUCUCCGAAGCCUCAGAAAUUCAACGCGAAGAGCUCGACAUGUCCACCAUCAUCAAAGCCAAAAUCGCUUCCCAUCCUUGCUACCCUCGUUUGCUUCAAGCUUACAUCGAUUGCCAAAAGGUAGGGGCGCCCCCGGAGAUAGCGAGUUUAUUAGAUGAAAUCCGUCAAGAAAACGACCUUUGUAAGAGAGACACUGUUUCCACGUGUUUAGGAGCCGAUCCCGAGCUCGACGAGUUCAUGGAAACCUACUGUGACAUGUUGGUCAAGUACAAAUCUGAUCUUUCCAGGCCUUUUGACGAGGCAACCACGUUCUUGAACAAGAUCCAAAUGCAGCUCAGCAAUCUCUCCACAGGUGCCUCCAUUAGAACCCUUUCCGAUGAAGGUGCUGUAUCAUCAGAUGAGGAUUUUAGUGGUGGAGAGAUGGAGGUUCAGGAAGCUCAAAUGAGGGGUGAAGAUCGAGAUCUUAAAGAUAGGCUAUUACGUAGGUUUGGCAGUCACAUUGGUACAUUGAAGCUGGAAUUCUCGAAGAAGAAGAAGAAAGGAAAGUUACCAAGAGAAGCAAGGCAAACAUUGCUUGAGUGGUGGAGCGUUCACUAUAAAUGGCCAUAUCCAACGGAAGGUGAUAAGAUUGCGCUGGCUGAAUCAACAGGCCUAGAUCAGAAGCAAAUUAACAACUGGUUUAUAAACCAACGAAAGCGGCAUUGGAAACCAUCAGAGAAUAUGCAAUUGGCAGUUAGGGAUAAUCUUUCAGGACCAUUCUUUGCCGAUGACUGAGGUGCAUAUGUACAGACUCAAGUUUCUCCUGAUAAUUUACCUGUUGUGUUGGUUUAAUGUAUAUUAUAAAAUGGAAACUGGAGUGACAUUAAAAUGUUUAAUUUCCUAGAAGAAAGGAAAAAUAAUUGUAAAUUUGGAAGUCGACCAACACUGAUAAUGGAAAUGCUUACAUA